CCAAACAUGUGGCACUUAAAUUCGUAUGUGCUCUGGAUGCUAGAUUGCCUUCAACAAAAAUGGAAGUAAACUGUUUUUGGAUCUUUUUGGUGUGAGAAACUGGUUUUAAAAAUGAUUUUGUUACGAAUAAAAAAGGAAAUUAAUUCGAGAGGAUGAACUAUUCCGUACGAAUUGAGAAUUAAUUAUAUUUUUGAGACACGGGCGCUGAAUCAAGAGAUUAUGUAGUGUGUAUACUUAUUUAUUUUGAGUUACAAAAAUUGUAGACAGAGGAGAGAAAUGGACAUGACUUCGGAACAAACUUAGCAACAUUUUAUCAGGUACUUAAAGGAAAUUAUUGUUCACGAAUGAAACGAAAGGAAAAAUAGUUUAUAUGACAAUGUCAUAUAUGUGUCAUAUAAAACGUCAAAACAGUUCAUAAGCGUCUGCUGUUAAUAAGAGAGCGGUUAAUAAAAAACAAUGCAACUGAAUGAAAGUACGAGUAACUUGUCCAGUUCUGUUUUUGAAAAUGUGGAUAGUUUCAGCGAUGGAAGGCUUGACAUGUUUAAUUUGGUAAUAAUGACAAUCUUUUUGUUCUGCAUAUUUAUUGUGAGUUUUGUCGGAAACAUUUCCGUGUUCGUGAUAUUCUACAAGCGGCCCGUGCUAUUGACGAUUUCUAAUAGGUUUAUAGUAAAUCUAUCAGUAUGCAACAUCCUUCAAACCGUUGUAAUAAUGCCUUUCGUGUUUGUAUCGCUUAUUUCGCAAAAGUGGUGGUUCGGGACAUUUUGGUGCCAAGCCUCGGGAUUUGGGAUAAACCUGAUAUUUACUGCAAGUACAUUUACAUUGGUGCUUAUUGCCAUAGAUCGCUAUUUGGCAGUUGCAAAACCCUUACAUUACUCUAUGACAAUGACAAACCGAAGGUCGUCCUAUAUGACAGCUUCAGUUUGGAUUUUGGCACUUUUGUGUUCACUCCCACCACUAAUUGGAUGGAAUAGCUAUGAAUUCCAGCGAUACAAAAUUGCAUGCAUGACAGUUUCAUUCAGCAAACAUCAUAGUGAUAAAUCGUACAGUAUUUUUCUUGUAAUAGUGUGCUUCAUAUUGCCGUCAUGCAUAAUCGUGUGGGCAUAUUGUGCAAUUUUUAAAGCGGCGAAAGUGAACAGCGAAAAAGUGCGGCGCAACAGUACAAUAUCAUCUGGACUUAAUGACUACUCGGAAGUGUCACUUAGAGGGGGUCGUCGCCACAGCUCCGCGCAACUUUUAAUUCACAGACUUAGUUGCAGCAGCAAAACCGGGUCAGUUCUCUGGAGACGCGAUGAGAGAAAGACCGCGGUGACUAGUUUUAUGGUUUUAUUCACAUUUAUUUUAUGUUGGUUGUUGUACUUUAUCAUCAUUAUCCUAGAAUGCCUUUUAGACGACCCAGAUCGUAUAGACCCUGUCGUAAAGACGUUGUCAGUGCUACUUGCCCUGUCGAGUUGCGCAAUAAAUCCACUAGUGUAUGUGUUCCGCUGUAAACUUCAGAGGAUUGAAUUGAAAAGCAUUUUGGGUUUAAAACAGAAUAGUAGCAAAAGGGAUAUAUAUAUUGAAACUCAAAAUGGGUAUAGAAGACCAAGUUUUAACCCAAGCUGCAUCCGAAUGUCUCCUUGCAUAUCACGAGAAGGGAGUCAAGAAUCAGAAGUAAUUGAAAUUCUUUACCGCGUUCAUACAGCUGCGACAUUGACCUCAGUGUUACUACCGGAAGAGGAAGAAAAAUUGGCAAUGACAAAAACUUAAAUGGAUAUUUGUAUUGGACGUAUUUAUUGUUUGCACCUCUGUGACGUCACCAUGACUAUAUAUGUUUUGUUUCUCAUAGUUUGUUAUUUAUUUGGUAUUUCAAACGUUACAUUUGUUACAUGUAUUGUACCAUUUUGAUAUAUAUUUGUACUUCAGCUUCUUCACUUAUAAGGUUGUGUAUAUUCUGUAAGUACAUUGCUUAUUUAUGUUGAGACUUUUAGCUCAGCAGUUAUGAACCCAAUAUUUUUAUAAUUUUAUUAAAAACAAAAAUGUAACAAACAAUAUCAGUCCCACGUUAAAUUGUAUUUUAAGUUUAGCUCACUUUUGUUUAACAUACUCCUAUAUACAUUUUUAAAUUACGGGCUAACAACUGAAAAGCCAACGGACCAAUGCAUCAUUUAAAUGUGCCGCAAAUUGUAAAAUGUAUUCAUUUUCCUGAAAAAGGUGAUUUAUUGAAUCAACGAUAAUUGUCAUUGGGUGGAACAAUUUAUAUUUAGAUAAUAAAAUAAAAUUGGUUUAUUUCUCCUCAAUAUUGUUGAACCAAUACUCUUGCAUCAAUCCAUUUGUAAACAUUUCAUAUUUUUCUGCACAUCAAUUAUCUUUAUGUGUUGAUCAGACAUGCUGUAUCAUUUUUUUUAUUUUUAUUGAUCUGAAUUCAUGCCUGCAAUUAUAUUACCUUAAAUCUAUAGUUUGUAAAAUGAUCUUUAAAUCGUGCGUAAUAGGAAAGUAAGCGGCCAAAUCGUUGUAGAGUUUCCGGGUUCAAAGUUAAUAUUAACACUCUUACUUCGGGCUGUAAACAUCAUAGUCCGCGGAUGUUUUACCAAUCGAUUUGAUACUACGAUGUCAAGAUAAAUUUCUAACAGACCUUCUUUUAUACAUAUUGCAUGCAUGAAUAUUGAAUCAUUUCUAAUUAUUUUCGAUCUCCCGUACUUUAUUUUGCUUGUAAACAUUGCAGAAGGGAAGAAAAAUCGCAAAAAUGUAAGUUAGUGCAUACCGAUUAUUAAUAGCGUAAAUGGAAAAUAUUGCAGACUUUUGAGAGGAUAGGCCUCUGACAUCUAAAUAGCGAAUGCUUGAAUUAAGGUUUUACUGCUUAAUUUCCAUUUACUUGUUCGCAAUCUUGUAUUUAGCUACAGUUUAACUCAUACAUGUUUAUUCAACUAGAAUCGAAAAUUGCUGUGCAGUCAGUUGCUUUGUUCUAAUAUAUAUUGUUUAAACUGAUGCCAUAUAACAGAAUAAUUCGCAGAUUAAUUAAUGUUUCAAAGGCGAAAGAUAUUGAUUUGGUUUCAACCUUAGGCUAAGUAAUGAUUAGGAAUUACAACAUUUGAGCGAUUCCAAAUUGCAAAGUAGCUAAAGUUUACUGUUUGUAUAGUUUUUUACGGAAAAUAAUCGUUCAAAAACACAAUAAAAACUACAAUAAUAGUCAUUUGUUUUAAAUAUUAACGCUGUCUAGAUGCACAAGGCCAUGAACCAAAAUAAAUUGAGCGAAAGAGAGACACUGAAGAAAUAAAUAACACAAACGGACCGCGAUGUAUCAUGAAUAAAUGAUAGGAUUACUGCAUUGGAACGGUAAGUGAAACUCGAUCUCGGUUUUUUAAACAUGGGGCCAAGAGGAACUUGGAAUCGUAGCAUUGCGUAGUUUAAAAUUGCAAAACACAACGCAAAGAUCUUACAGGAAUUUAUUAGAUAACAUUAUAAAAUCAAAUAAAUUAAAUAAACCUUGACAUUGGGAAUACACUCCAUCGGGAAUUGUAUUCAGAAGCUAUAAAGUUUUAAAGACAGAGAAUAAAGGUAUUUGCCCUCUCUUUAAACGUCCAAAAAAGAAUGGACCUUACGUAGUUAUAUGUUUUUAAUGCAAUAUGACAGAUAGCCGGUGGUAUCAUUCCUAUAUCACGAAAUAGUGUUCUCUUACGAGCUUCAUUUCAUAGUUCCACUUUGUUCCCAGUAUUUCUGUUAGUAUUGUAAGCAUAAAAUUAUAUACAACCAUGCAGAAUGUCGAUAUGCUAUUUGCAAUGUCAGGACAGUACAUGGAAGCAUUGUGGGUGAUAUAAAACGUUUGUUUAUAAAACUGAAUUUAUGUGCAAAAUGUUUUAAACAUUUGAAAAAUAUUGGUAAACGGUAAUUAUUAUAUUAUACAACGUUUAUUUUAAUCAGUAUGUU